CUUUCUUUGGGCAGCAGCGACCAGCCUCCCGCGUUGGGCAUCGCUCGAAAUUCGCCGCAUGUGCUCCGAGACGGGGCUAGCGGGGCGAGCGGAGCGGCCCUCCGCUCUCAUGUUCAGACUCUUCAGGAAAAUGUCCCAAGAGGAAUUCCUCCACGAGUUCGACGCGUUGUUUGGCUACGGCAACGGUUUCCGACCCUACAACUUCGUCCAUUUGCCCUGGACCUCGCUGGCGGUGGUGAACUUUACAAGCACCAAAGCCUGCGCGGACUGCUUUGCGCUCAGCAAGGAGGUCAUGAAAUUUCACAGGUGUUGCAUCAAGGGCGUGCGCAUUGCGGCGCGCCAUGGCCUCCAGAAGAACUUGUCCGACUUCUUCUGGCGCGUUGACUCGGGCGCCUACGUCAGUCGCUCGCCACUCGUCUUCGCUUGCGGCGCGCCCAUCUCCCUCGACCAGGCGCGUCAAUGGCUUCAAAGUGAAGCGAAGGACUUCCAGGUGGUGGCGUGGGCGCACUCUGUGGCCAAGCCGGGCAAGAUUCUAUUCGACCUCUGAAGCCAGAGACGACCCGUUCGAUUGGAAGCACGCUUACUCGAUCCAUGCGGCAUAGAUGUUUCGCACCCUUGACCGUGGUUUAGCC